AUGGCCUAUGACCGCUUUCUUGCCAUCUGCAGACCCCUGCACUACGGGACCCUUAUGGGCAGCAGAGCUUGUGUCAAAAUGGCAGCAGCUGCCUGUGCCAGUGGGUUUAUCAAUGCUGUGCUGCACACUGGGAACACAUUUUCAAUACCACUUUGCCAAGGCAACACAGUGGACCAGUUCUUCUGUGAGGUCCCCCAGAUCCUCAAGCUCUCCUGCUCAGAUGCCUACCUCAGGGAAACUGGAGUUCUUGUGGUUAGUGUUUGUUUAGUCUUUGGGUGUUUCAUUUUCAUUGUGCUGUCCUAUGUGCAGAUCUUCACUGCUGUGCUGAGGAUCCCCUCUGAGCAGGGCCGGCACAAAGCCUUUUCCAUGUGCCUCCCGCACCUGGCCGUGGUCUCCCUGUUUGUCAGCACUGACAUGUUUGCCUACCUGAAGCCCCCCUCUGUCUCCUCCACAUCUCUGGAUCUGGUGGUGGCUGUUCUGUACUCGGUGGUGCCUCCAGCAAGUCCUGACUCUCGGCACAAUGGCAUGGGAGACCUUCUUGGUGAAGACUGA